AGUGGUUUUGCUGACUUUCUCCUCGUUUUCUCCUGCAGGUUUGACUUUGUAAGAUGGACAUACGAGUAGCAAGCAUCCUCCUCCUCGUGGUGGCCUCCGCAGCAGCCCAUGGGAAAGGCUAUGUGGUGAAGAAGAUGGUAAAGGCCCCUCAGUACCAGCCCUACUCUGUGAAGAGCCACGUUGUGUCAGUGGCAGGUGAGCCUGGUCCUCCAGGUGAGCCCGGCCCUGAGGGACCUGCUGGCCCACCUGGCGCCCCAGGUGAAGAUGCUGUAGGCCUCCCCGGACCUCAAGGACCCCCUGGUUCUCCAGGAGCACCUGGCCGCUCCAUUGCUGGCAAACCUGGAUCUCCUGGUGGACCUGGAAAACCUGGCAGUGAUGGCGCACCUGGUGAGAAGGGAGACACUGGAGCCACUGGCCCUCAGGGACCUCAGGGACCUCGUGGAGCUCCUGGUAGCUCGGGACCUGCUGGACUUUCUGCCACUGGCAAGCCUGGACCUUCUGGUCUGCCUGGAGCAAUGGGACCCAGAGGAGAGCCUGGUCUGAAAGGACACCCAGGUGUCCCUGGACUUCCUGGUCCUAAAGGCGACACAGGUGUGGGAGCUCCUGGACCUCAGGGUGCAACCGGACCUGUAGGAGCCAUGGGCCCAACUGGAGCACCAGGUGAGCCUGGAGUUGGAAAGCCAGGUAAACCAGGUAUGCCCGGUGAGCCAGGAAAGGGAGGUAGCCCAGGUAGAGAUGGUGCCACAGGCCCCAUGGGACCAAUGGGACCCAAGGGACAUACUGGUGCCCCAGGUGUAGGUGUUCCAGGUAAACCAGGUGAAAAUGGUGCCCCAGGUAUGCCCGGACCAGUCGGUCCUAAAGGUCACAUGGGACCAGCUGGAGGCCCUGGUGCUCCUGGAGUCCCCGGAUAUGGAAAGCCAGGUGUUAAUGGAGAGAAGGGAGAGAGGGGUCCUACAGGUGCAACAGGUGCCACAGGUCCAAAGGGAGAGCAAGGUCCAACAGGAUAUACUGGUGCUACAGGUGCAACUGGCCCCACUGGUCCUGCUGGACCUCAGGGUCCAAGAGGUUUCACAGGUGAAGCCGGCCCUGCUGGCCCUAAAGGUGACACAGGCCCAACUGGCGCUCAGGGACCUAAAGGAAACAAGGGAGAUCAGGGAGCUCAGGGUUUUGCGGGUAAACAGGGUUAUCCAGGUGCAGCUGGUCCUCCCGGACCCAGAGGUGCUACUGGACCACAAGGUGACAAGGGAAAUGUUGGUGCUCCUGGUACCCCAGGUGCCCCAGGUAUUCCAGGCCCUGCUGGACCCAAGGGUCAUACUGGCCGUGCUGGUGAGCCAGGUGCUGCUGGUGCUGAUGGUGCUCCAGGUCCCAGAGGACCUGCUGGGGCUCAAGGUGCUGCUGGUGCUACUGGUCCAAAGGGACACCCAGGUCUUCCUGGUGCACCUGGACCCGCUGGUUUGGCAGCUAAGGGUGUUCCCGGCCCUCAGGGUCCCCCUGGUAUGCCUGGUGAGCCUGGUGCUGAUGGAGCAGAGGGCCCAGCUGGUCCUCCCGGCCCCCCUGGUCCUCCUGGUGAGGUUGUGUUUGAGAAGGGGAAGGGUAUGGCUGAGGUUAUGGUUAAGUCCCCCAUGUCUGCCUUCACUGCCUCCCUGGCCACUCCAUACCCUGCUGCUGGCAGCCCCAUCAAGUUUGACCAGAUUGUGUACAAUGCUGAGAAUCACUAUGACCCUGAGACCGGCAUCUUCACCUGCCAGAUCCCUGGAGUUUACUACUUCUCCUACAGCAUCCAUGUGAAUGGAGCUCAUGCCCUGGUGGCUCUGUACAAGAAUGGCCAGCCUGUUAUGUUCACUUAUGAUGAGUACAACAAGGGCUUCCUGGACCAGAUGUCUGGUAGCGCCGUCCUCUUGCUCGAUGAGCAGGACACAGUCUACGUCCAGAUCCCAGAUGAUGAGGCCAAUGGUGUCUUUGCUGCUGAGAAUGUCCACUGCUCUUUCUCUGGCUUCCUUAUUGCUUCGACGUGA